AUGGCGACAAAAAAGGCCAAUGUCCCGCCUCGGCCCGACCCGCCAUCUCUUAAUCAGCGGCCGAAACUGGCGGCAAAACGGCCCAGAACUGACCAAUUAGACGGCGGCCCUUUGUGUGGCGUCUCUCCCUUCCGCGCACUCUCUCCUCGCUCCGUCUCCGCCGUUUUCCCACGCCCUUUCCCACACUCUCGCACCGUGCACUCGCCGGACGAGAGACCGCACCGUGCAAUGACCGGUGCGAGACGGAAAAAACGUCUGCACGGUGCGAUGAUUCAAACCCCCCGCUUUCCCGCCAAAAAACGAGACGGCCUAAGGGCCGAAAAUGGAAAGUGCAUAAGAAAUGGCCAGAGGGUCUGA